AUGAGCAGUAGCAAGUUGUCUACGCCUCGAAGGGAGCUGCUCUUUGGAAGAGAGGAUAUUCCAGAGCUCUCGCACAACGAGUUUAGAGUAUCUUUUUCUAAAAGGUGGCGGGACGAUUCAUACAGCUCACACUCGAAUACACAACAGAGCAAACCAGAAUUGGUGUCACCAAAGGGACAGGUUAGAUUCUCAAUACCGGAUAUAACUGAGAACAGUAACGAUAUGGAAGCGGAUCUGCCCCCCGUGGUAUCUUCUCCAACUAGAAUUGUCUUUCCCAACGAGGACACUACCUUUACAUCUAAUAGGUCCGUUGGAACACCACCACGUGGAGGGAGAACUCCACUUUCUAGACCUCGUUCAGACGUGAUGGGGUACGUGGUAGAUAUGCAUUCUAAAGUUAUGAUCAAGAUACCUGAAUUGCAGUGGAGCCCCCAUGAUCACAGAGAAGGGAAUAAUGGUACAGAACGACAUAGUGGUGCUGACAAGAUACGGGAGAACUCUACCAACUUUGUUCCAAGACAUAGAAUGACAAAAUCAUUACAAUCUGUUCUAUCGCAAACAGUCGAUGAGUAUAGCGUACCUUGCACCAAUGAUGGUGAUCUAUUGCAUCAAAGGAAUAAGAGUGCUGACGAGUUGUCUCUCGAUGCAAUGUCGCCGUCGCACGUUGGCGACCAUACUGGGCUUCACAGUGCACGAUCCUUGUCGCCGCGGAGGAAUAGCAACUCUAGAGGGAAUCUUUACUUGAGCUCCGAUUCUCCUAUCAACAAAUACAAGGUUCCGAUACCGUUAGAGAUCAAUCUACCUCCUUAUCUGUCAAAGGCAAAUGCGAACAAGAAUACAAAGAGGAACAGUCUGAUAUUUGAUGGUAAGGGUUAUAGUCAGUAUAACGGCGAUGCAUUAUCAGAGGAGGAGAGCGAUUCUGAGGUGGCUUUAGAGAACGAAGAAAAUACUACAUCAGAGGGACUAUCCACUCUAAUAAAGGACGAUUCAAUCCCUUCUGCCACAUACGAUAUUUCCUAUGAUGUUGAUGCAGAGGAGGCAGACUGGCUAUUAGGAAUUGAUAAAGAGGCCAAUGUGAACCUGAAAUUACAGAACAAAAACUUAACCAAAAAAAACAAGCUACCUGCAUUGCCGUUACCUUCUUCUCAGAGGUCAAAAGACUAUCCUUCGAAAACUGACGCCAGCGGCAAGCAUGGAACAUCUGCUCCACCCACUAGGAGUUUCCAUGGAGAUAAUAUUCUUUCAAACGACUGUGUGUCGCCAACAACAUCGAGAUAUUGUAGGGAGGAGACAAAUGAGUCGCUGAAUAUACUGGCAACGCCUUCUAGAUCCAUUAUAAUACCAGAUCUUGAUGAACAGCUAGGACAGACCCCACGUAGCGAGGCGAAAUCGCCGAAUGGGACGCUGAAGUUCUUCGAGAAAUUCAACUCACUAGGCACUAGUAGUUACGAUGAAAACGUAUCCCCAACAGCCAAACAGAACUUUCCAUUAACAGAUGUUUUGAACACUUCAUUCAAAUUUCCCAACAUGCGCGUAGAAAAGCAACAACAAAACAAAAAUAAUCAGAUAGAGAUAGACGAUAACUUCCAAAAGGUAGCACCCGUAUCAGAGCAGUUUGAAAAGAGAAGAAAGAGUUUACAAGCCGCUCAACACGAGGGUCUCCUGUCUCCAAACAGACAGGGAUUUGGAAAUACGCACAGAAGAAGCCAGAGCGUUUACACAAUCAAUUUUUGGGACACUACUGGGAAAAAUAACACCUCUGAAGACGUAUUAGUCGAUGCGACGUCGACACCCCCAAGGUUUUCAAGAAAUUCCAGGGGUACUAUUGGAUUGAGCCCACAUCACCCAAAACUGCCUUAUGAGUUAGGUCUCAACUCUGGAGUACACCUCGAUGGUAGAGGGCAAUCAGACCCUUCACACGUUACAAAAAAGCCACCAAUGAUGCCACUCUCUGAAAUUAGGGAAUCUGAAGAGAUAAGGCCGCUUUCGUCUUUCAAUUCGUUCUCUAGGCCUGUGGUACCAUAUGUCGAUUUUCCAAUAACCAAGGACAUCAAAUCAAAAAAGAAUCAAAUAAACCUACUCUCUCCUACCAGGCAGCUAUCAAAUAGCGAAAGUACCCAGUCAUCCUCAACGAAUUCUCAAUUCUCCCAAAAAAGUGCUAGAACUGAUAUCACCGGAUACUCCUACCUGGGCCAUCAAGCAGAAGACUUUGGAUCGACACCAGUGAAGGCAUUUCCACAGUUCAGCGGUGCUUCUGAUGAAGAUGAUUUUAAAAUUGUCAAGGAGAGACGAGACGAUGGGAAAAUAGUUGAAGUAAUAGUUUUGGAAGACGAUUUUGAAGAAAAAGUUGAUGGUGCGAGAGCGAAAUCUUUAAGUGACACAACACCGAAACGAAUGCUCAGAGGUUCAAAAAAUUCAAAACUCAGGGAGACAUCCCCUGCUAGAUUUGGUAAUGUUUUGUCUAUAUGCGAACAAACCGCAGUGGAAGCGAGAAACACGAUAUACGAACUGGCCGGAAAAUAA